GAUAAAAGCAGGUAAAAAAAAAAAAAACCCCAAGUAUUUAAAAUGCUUACUUGUAGUAUUUUCACUUUCCAUAAAUAUUUUUUUAUUCACUUGCAAUGUGCCUUUGAAUGUGCCAUAAAAUUUGACUAUUCCAGGAAAUCUAAUUAUUCUCUGUGGUGUCAAAAGUGUAGAAUAUGUUGUUUCCAAGCCCUGAAUCAAAUCACCCUUAAGCAGGGGCGGACUGACAACUCAUGGGGCCCCCGGGCAAUAGGGGAUCAUGGGGCCCCUGUGUCCUCGCCCACACUCAAACCACACCCAAAAAAGCCUAUGAAAGGUACCAGGGACAUCUCAUGGGGUCCCCUACUGACCCCGGGCCCUCGGGCAGUGCCUGAGUUCCCCAAUGCUCAGUCCGCCCCU